UCUGGCCGGCGGCCGGCUGUGGGAGGCGCGGCGCGGGGGCCGCUCUGCCCGGCGCACUCGCUGGUGCGGAGUCCCGGAAGCGGCGUUCCCCGAGGCCGGGCGCGGAAUGGCGGAGAGUCCGGCGGCCGAGGAGACGGCCCCGGCCGCGGUGCUGGCGGCGGCGGCGACGGGCGGCGGCGGCGGCUCGGCCAGCCCGGGAGGCGGCGGAGGAGCGGGCAGCCCCGGCGUCUUCAUCCCCGCCGAGCUGUGGGCGGCAGCGGGCUUCGGCGCCCCGGCGCAGGGCGCCGGCGUCUCCCCGAGCAGCGGCGCGGCCCCCAUCGCGGCGGCGGCGGCGGCCGCGGGGGCCGCGCUCCUCACGCACUCCGCCUUCUGGGACCCCACGGUCAGCGGCGACUGGGACAGCGAGCGGCCCAGCCCGGCCUGCCUCCUGCGGAUCAAACGGGAUAUCAUGUCUAUUUACAAGGAACCACCCCCAGGAAUGUUUGUUGUGCCUGAUCCCCAUGACAUGACCAAGAUUCAUGCAUUGAUCACAGGCCCAUUUGACACGCCUUAUGAAGGGGGUUUCUUCUUGUUCCUGUUUCGCUGUCCUCCAGAUUAUCCCAUCCACCCACCAAGGGUCAAACUGAUGACAACAGGAAAUAACACAGUGAGGUUUAACCCCAACUUCUACCGCAAUGGGAAAGUCUGCCUGAGUAUUCUAGGCACCUGGACCGGGCCUGCAUGGAGCCCAGCACAGAGUAUCUCUUCAGUCCUCAUCUCCAUCCAGUCUCUGAUGACUGAGAAUCCGUAUCACAAUGAACCUGGCUUUGAGCAGGAGAGGCACCCCGGGGACAGCAAGAACUAUAACGAGUGCAUUCGGCAUGAGACCAUCCGAGUAGCAGUGUGUGACAUGCUGGAAGGAAAGUGUCCCUGUCCUGAGCCCUUACGGGGUGUAAUGGAGAAAUCCUUCAUGGAAUACUAUGACUUCUAUGAAGGGGUGUGUAAAGAGAGACUUUAUCUCCAAGGACAGACAAUGCAGGAUCCUUUUGGUGAGAAACGAGGCCACUUUGACUAUCAGUCCCUAUUGGUGCGCUUGCAAGGAAUUCGUCAGAAGGUGCAAGAGAAACACCAGCAGGAGAACACAGAGAUAGACUCUGAGAGCAGCUCCUCCGAGACAGAGACAGACACUCAAAGUUGCUCUAAAGCUUAGAGCUGCGCUGCUGGUGGAGAGGCCCAGCUGUGGGCAUGUCCUGUCUCACACCAGAGUUCCCCUCACAGACUCGACAACCAACCCAGCGCCAGAGCGGAGGCAGCUGCGGGGUGUCUCUUGUCUCCUUGUCCUGCUCUGGUGGAUAACGCUGACUGAGAUUUCAUGCUAGACAAAGCCAAGCUUGUGACAGGCUACCCUUCAAAGGUACUUCCUCUGCUAGAAAGCCAGAGACUGUGGCGUAAGGUUAUAUUUUUUUUUAAACACCCACACUGGUUGUUUUUAUUUUUCUUUGGUUUUGUUCUCCUCUAUUUUAUUAAAGAAUGAGAUCUAGACUAUAAUUCUCUUCACAGCUUUUCUGUUCCUAGACACUGAGCCCUUCCCUGGGGCCAUGUGGAGCUGUAGCUGUGGGAGCGCUUUGAUGAGUCCAAGGUGUGACAGGGCCCACGCACCACGUGCCCAGGCGAAACCUUUGCGUGCAGGUUGGGAGAGAUGGAGCCUCUCAGCUCUGUGGAGCCCAUCUACCUGAUGUCUUUCUUCUAGACACUGUUCUAGACAGACCAAAGAUAAAGAGCAGUGUGGGGAUCUGGGCUUUACUCUGAAAGCUUUACUCAAGCUCUGAGUGACUUUGUCCACCAAGACUUCAGGCACAAAGGGACAGAUGAAAUGUGGAAACCUCAAGAAUCUGUAAAUGGAGUGCAGGUGUGUUCAUCCUGCUUUUGGGGAGGGAGAGUGAGGACAUCACUGGUCAGAGAUGGAGAAAUUUGAAGUCUAGCUUGUGUAUUUUUUUAAGGUGUUGAUUUGAAUUUAGCAUUCUAGAAAUAUUUUAUUCUGCCUGCUCUGAACAGAGCUGAUUUCUUUUUUCCUUAACUGGAGUACUCUGUGCUUUCCACCUCUCAGUGUAAAAUUUUAUUUGCCUUCCUUCUGCCUCCUGCCACCUCCCUCGCCACUGCUACCUUGCUGCAUCACACUGGAAGGCAGCUCUAGCUGAGGAAGCCACUCCUUCUGGGUGGAGUUUUUCUGAGGUGUACGCCUUCUACUGACAAAUCCCUUGCCAAACUCGGCCCGUUGUCGUGAAGUUUAACACUUCAGAGCUCUGACCAUUUCUGACCGCAGCUUUUUACUGAGGGAGGGCCAGUCUCAUGGGGAUGAACCUGCUGCCUGCCAGUGCCAUUACAUCAAGAUGUAAUUAGUGUGACUUGGGUGGUGGUGACACACAAUUCCUCCAGGUAAAGGAGCUUGGUAACGAUUAGAGCAGUAAACUGAUUUGUUGAUAAGAGCUUAACCUACUUUUUUGUUUUGUUGGAUUUGGUUUUAGUAGUAUUUUAAGGGAACUUUGUUAGAAAGCUAAGUAUAAAGUUGCACGUUGUCCUGGGCCCUCUCCCAAUUUCCUUAAAACACCUUUCCACCGGUUUGGCCCCAUUUCAGACCUGUGGUGGUGGGGAGAGAAUUUCCAAUGCAGUCAUCAUUAUUUUAUGAGAAGUGCAGCAUAGAGGGGCCACUGCCACAUGCUGCACCCACAGCCACAGCCCACGAGGCGCUGAACACCUCCAGUCUCUGUGACUGGUAUCAACUUGCAGGACUCAGGUCCUGCACGCUGCUGAUUGGGCAGCUCCCAAAAGCUGAAAGGUGGAACCAUUUCGGGAUUGUUAAGGUGCCAUUUAGCAACUUUGGGAACCCUUUUUUUUUCCUUUUAAGCAAGCAAACUCCCCAGGGUCUGUCAUUGGCUCGAUUUAGAAAACUCUGUCUUCCCUCGAGGGAAAGCUGGACUUCCAUAGGACUCACUCAACACCUAGACCAGAUGAAAGCAAAGCGGAGUUCACCUUGAAGUGAGGUCUGGGGGAAGUAGUGGGGUCUCCUGGGAAGUCAGGAGCCUUGUGCUGUUUCACCACCUAUUUAAUCCCAUUGUAAAUGUCACCAAUGUUGUUUUUCACCAUUCAGUAGCAUCGUGGGUAGAGCUGUGACUCUGCUGCCUUCCCCAGGCAGGGUGGCUCUGAAAUCAGUGUUUGAUGCAUGUGGCAUUACCAUUCACCGAGACAACGAAGCGAGAAAAUGCCUUAUUGUGGACACUAUUCACGUAACUAGCAUGUUGCUGUAAAAAGAGAAGUAAUAGUUUUAUAGUUCUAAUGUUGUCUGUUUUACCAUUUCUGAAUGUUUCCAUUUCAAAGUGACAAUCCUCAAAUGACUGCUUUAGGCGGAAAUGUUUCAGCAACAGAUUUUUAGACCUAAUUGAGUUGAAAAAAUAUAUGCACAAGAGUCACUCUUAAGAUACCUUGUUUAUAUACUAUUGUACAUAAGAUUUUUUUUGUGCAAUAAAGUUUGUUUUGGCAGAAUCUAGACUGUGGUACUCCUCAGUGAAACGAUGACACAUUCACGGAGCAGAAAGGACUACAGGAACAGU